CACAUCAGAGAGAGAGUCAAUUCAGCUCGUGAGCUGGGAAAGUAAUGAGUCAGUCAUCAAUCUCAACAAAGACACCACCCAAUACUGUGGAGUUUACAAAGUUUUCCUGAAGACGCUUCUCCUUGGCUUUAAUUGUUGGACAUGCCACCUCAAAUGGAUUACUUCUACCAAGAGUCAAGAGUUCCGUCCGUGUGCUUAGAGCAGGACGACGAGCUGGAGCCUGCGAUCAGCUGUAUGCUGGUCGGGGAUGGUGCGGUCGGGAAGACUAGUAUGAUUGUCAGCUACACAACCAAUGGAUACCCUACGGAUUACAAACAGACGGCUUUUGACGUCUUCUCAGGACAAGUUCAGGUGGAUGGGACCCCUGUGCGGAUUCAACUGAUGGAUACUGCUGGACAGGAAGAAUUUGAUGAAUUCAGAUCUCUGUCUUACGCACACACGGAUGUCUUCCUUCUCUGCUUCAGUGUGGUUAACCCCACGUCAUUCCAGAACAUAACCAAGAAAUGGAUCCCUGAGAUUCGCGCGUGUAACCCAUCCUCCCCCAUCAUUUUAGUCGGAACGCAAUCGGACCUUCUCUUGGACGUUAACGUUCUCAUAGACUUGGACAGGUACAAGGUCAAACCCGUGUUAGGCUCACGGGCGCGGAGCCUAGCCGAGAAGAUCAGGGCCGCAGAGUACGUGGAGUGUUCGGCCCUGACCCAGAAGAACCUAAAGGAGGCCUUCGACGCGGCAAUUUUCGCGGCUAUCAAACACAAGGCCAGGAAGGCCAAAAAAAUGAGACUGUCGGACAGACGAGCUAAAGCUUUUUCCAAAUGCAGCUGGAAGAAGUUCUUCUGCUUCAUCUGACCCUGUGGGUCAAACUGUGUGGACUGUUUACAUGGGAUAUUAAUUUAUUUCGGACAGUGUGUUUACCUUCGGUCAUUUAGCUUUAUUUUAUGGGCGGAGUUGUUUGAUCUGUGGGGAACGUCCCAGGAAGCGUUCGAGUGACACAAUGCGUUUUCGUCGCACAAGAUGUAAGAUUUAUAGGUGCGUUAUGAAGAAAGAUUAGUGAAAACGACUCCUUAAAUCAUGUAUUGUUCACAAAGAGCACCCACCGUAUGUAAAUGAAUGUAUUUGCAUGAGCUGCCUAUUCAAAGCUUGAAUGGUGCUCACGUGGAGAUGUCUCUGAUGGUUGAGGGAACAAGAGCGGGUAUCUGUCUUAUCUCUUUUGUGUCAGGCGCUACUUAGACGGACUCUUUCAUAUGCAACAACCCAAUGUGUGAGCUGUCUCCUUCUUAGGUGCCUGUGACCAUAUAAAUCCAACAUUACGCUUACAAUGAUUCAGCCUGUCCUCCUGAUAAAUCUUAGCUGGGGAUUGUCUUGCAAAUUGGCGAGAUAAGAUUAUUAGGCUCGUGUGAAAAUGGUUUCCUGCAUCCGGGGAAAAUUCAGCAGGGUUGUUCCUGGUUUCCUAAGACGGGUUAAGAACGCACACACAGAUGAAAGUAUAGCAGCCCAUCCCAUUUUGUGGAGCCGUAGCUUGGUUAUGUUUUUUUUGUUUUGUUUUUUUUUUUGAACUGACAGUGUGUACUUCUCACAGAGUCAACAGUACUGUCAUUGUUACCAAUAUGCUUCUUGUGGAAGUUACCUUUUUAAAAUGCUGUUUGUUUUAACAGUUCUGUUUUAACAGUUUUAACUGUUCUGUUUUGAUGCCUCAGGCAAGAAGGAUGUACGGCUUGAUCAUUUUACCUGUCUUCACUGUUGUUUUGCCUUUUGAUCAAAUUCAAGCAGCACUUUUAAACAGCUUCUCCUUCAGUGUUUCUUUGCAUCAUCAAAAAACUAAUUUAAAAGGGCAAAAUACAUUUCCAAUGCGGUUUUCACAACGCAACUAUGCAAGUUCUCUGGUUUUAUUCUUUUUUCAUGCUUUAAGUGUUAUAUGUGAACGUUGUUUAUUUACACAAUCAUAUAAUGUUCCUAUGAGAUAUCAAAUAAAUAAACAACAUGUUGAAAAUAAUAUUGUUCCCUAAUUG